AUGCCCAUUUUUGUCAGAGGCUCUUUUCAGCUCAAGGUGCAUGAAGACGGCGGGGUCGAGAGGACUGGCAAGGCCAAGAAGGCCGUCAAGCUGGGCCGAGCCGGAAGCGGACGGGUGCAGGAGUUCUUCGACAACCUGUCGGAGAGGUACAUUCGUGACGAGCCGCUACUCAUCCGCGACACCACCAAGGCAGAGCUGGCAUAUAUUUCCGCCAGGGCGGAGGAGGCGGCACUUGCCUGGGAGGCCGACGGUGUUGGCACUGUGGAGGACGAGGCCGACACGGCCGCAGAAGAGAAAGAGCUCGCUGAGUGGGUGGGGUCUGCCGGGGAAGCCAGCGGCGUCGGCGCCGGGGCUCCCCUUGUUGAAGAUGUGGUUGAGGAGUCGACCGGAGAGGAGACCAAGGUGGACGACUCCUCGCCCCGGACCGCGCGACGGCAACAGGCCAAGGCGCAGCCCGUGCGCCAAACGAGGGCCGCAGCAGCAAAGAAGAAGGCAGCGGCCGCCACUUCUUCCUCGUCCAAGCGGCGCAGGACCCCAUCUCCUUCUCCUCCCCCUUCAGACAGCGACCUAGAGGCCGACUUCGACCUUGGGUCCUUCAACCCGAAGAGGAAGAGGAGGCUGGCGGAGGAGGAAGACGACACGGAGACGCUGGCCCAGAGGGUGGUGAAUAGGGCCAAGGCCUCGACGGGCGACAAGCCCCCAGCAAGCACCUCACGCACGCCGGAGGUGGUGGAGAUCAGUCCAGACGCCGGCCCUCGAUGCAGCCCCCGCUUCAGCCCCCAACACCCUCCCUCGAUGGACCAGGAGGAUAUCGACAUCGUCAUUGGGGAGGUCGCCAAGGAUGCCGAGGCCAAGGCCGUCAGGAUCGCGGCUGAGGAAGCUGCCAAGUCUGCCACCGGGGAAGCUCGCGAGGGUCUUGCCGGGGAGGCCGGCAAGGCCACUGCUAAGGAGGCCGAGAAGGCCGCUGCCGAGAAGGCCGCGAGGGCUGCUUUCGGGGAGGCCGCCAAGAAGCCUGUCGAGGAGGAGCUGGCCAACGACCAGCCUUCCUCCCCCGCAGCCCCCACGCCUCCCAAGUACCUAAAGGUGGGCGAUCACUUGUUCGUCCGCCUCCCAGGGACGGCAGACACCAGAGCGCCUGCCAAGGGGGAGGUCUUUGAUGAUGAGGCGCUCGCCACUGCUGGCCUCCAGAUUGUCGAUGAACCGAGCACCAGCAGCGGCGGCCCCCAAGAAGAGGAACUCCUCCGGGCCAUGGGCGCUGUCGGAGCUGCCCAGGGUGAGCUUGAUGAGCGCAAGCGAGAGCUCAUCUUGAAGCAGGCCGAUAUUGAUAAGGCCCAGGAGGUGGUGAAGGAGCAGGCUGCCAAGGACGAGGCUGCUUGGCAGCAGCAGCAGGCUCUGCUGAACAGCCAGGACGAAGACCUCGCCGCCCGUGAGCAAGCGCUUGCCGCCACGCUCCGCGGCAAGGAUGAAGAAAUCAGGGAGAUCGUCGCGCAGUGGACCCAGGAGCUGGAGCAGAGGCACAAGGAGGCACUCGAUGCUCAGGCCCUAGUCCAUAUCGGCAAGGUGAAGGAGCUAGAGCUGGAGUGGGAGGAGCUGAAGAAGAAAGUCUCGACGCUGACGGAGGAGAGGGACACGGCCAACCGCACUCUGGUGGAUGCGCAGGUCGCCAUCUCCGACAAGGCCAAGCUGCUCUCCGAGGCCAACGACUCCAUCAACGAUCUGAAGUUGAAGCUGGACGGGUUGAAGGGGAAGCUUUUGGAGGCCGGGGCUUGUGAGGAGACCCUGAACAAGGCCCUGGAGGACGAGAAGCGGCUGCGGAGGGAUGACGUUGCCGAGCACAAGGAGUAUGCGAAGAGUGUAAACCUCUGGAUCAGUCGCCUCAUCGACGUCGCCGGCAGGAUCACCAUGAAGCUGGCCGUCAUGGGCAUGCCGAAUGUCAGGUACUCCGGGGAGCCGAACGUGAGCCCCAAUGCUAGGCUGACCCUGUUCUUUGAGGGUGUACUCGACGCCCUAGAGCAGCUCCGCUCCAAUCGAGCAGUCUAUCUGGCCAACGAGUCCCGGAGGCUCUGCCGGGGCGCUCUAACCAAGGUGCUCACCAAGGUGGCGUUCUGGAGCCCCAACGUCGAUUUCGCCGACGCGCUGGAGAGCUUGCCGGAGGGCACGAACCUGGCGGCGCUCGAGGAGCUACUUCUAAAAUGA